GAACCUCAAGCGGAUAUGGGAAAUAUCUCACAGGGACCAACACUGCCAGAGGGUUGUUACAAGUUACUUCGAGGCGUCUAAUUGCCGUUUACAAGCGUCACGGCUCUUAUGCGAUGUACCCAAUAUUAAGUACAAGUGUACCUUCUACCCCUAAGCUUAAGAGCUCCGUCGCCAUUCUCAAACGGAUAGGCAAGCCGUAGGUCCCUGGAUUCUAUCUCUCGUCAAAGCAUUAUUACCUGAUCACGCCGACUGCCUGCAGGUAACCGACAGAUAGGUUCGCAUAUAUACCACCUCGGCAAACACCGCCAGUAUUGCGUAAUACUCGGCCAUCGGUGAUUCUACUUCACCAGUUGACAAAUAUUUGUAAGGGAUUUUCGGGUUUCUUGUGUUGAAUGUAUAUCGAGCCGACCACUGUCGAUCUCGACGACUAGGGAAUCCUUUAGGUUUCAACAACCUUUGGGUGUUUUUCCUGCUGAUCUCCAGCCGUCUCUUGGGAACAAAAUCUAUUAUUAUUCAUCUUGUUAAAGCUUUAACUUACCGCAGAAGAGCAGAUGAAUUCAUUGGGAAAUGUUGGGGCUUGAGAAUUCCGUGAUUGGGUGCUUCAUAGCUCAAUUCUGGCUGCCGAUAACCCUAUCUGCGAUACUCGCGUGGCUUGUUAAGAAUCGAUACCACAAUGGCCUAAACAAGUAUCCCGGUCCCUUCCUGGCGUCGUUGACGGACUUGUGGCGACUGUGGGAUGUUUACGGUCAACGGCCGGAUAUAACUCAUCGAAAGUUACAUGCGAAGUAUGGAGACGUUGUGCGGCUGGGUCCCAACACUUUGUCGUUUGCGGACCCGAAAGCGCUGAAGACGAUAUAUGGGCUUAAUAAGGGAUUUGUUAAGUCUGAUUUCUAUGUUGUCCAGCAGUCUGUACUUAAGGGAGAUGCUCUUGCCUCACUCUUCAGCACCACAGACAACAAUUUCCACGCGCAAUUCAGACGAUGUGUUAACUCAGCUUUCGCCAUGUCUGCUCUUGUCCAGUACGAGCCAUUUGUCGAUAACACGACAAAAUUAUUCCUAAAACAGACUGAGAAGUUAUUCGCCGGUAACCCAGCGGGAUGUGAUUUCACUCAAUGGUUACAAUUUUACGCUUUCGAUGUAAUUGGAGAAAUUACGUAUAGCAAGCGUCAUGGUUUUGUUGAAAAGAAUGAGGAUAUUGAUGGAAUUGUCCACUACUUGGGGAACCUGUUCCUCUACGUUGCGCCGAUUGGUCAAAUCCCGUGGCUCGAUCGUAUUUUCCUCAAGAACCCGAUUUACCUAAAAUUGUCCUCAAUGGGCUUUAUUGACGCUACUUUCCCCGUGGCACGUUUUGCGCGAGCACGUAUGCUUGAGCGUCUAAAUCCCAAUGUUACGGGCGACCCCUCGAAACCUCUCCUCCCAGUGUCUACUGAAGGUAAGGCCGAACCGAAGUCGCCGGAUCUACUUUCGAAAUUCCUUGCCGCACGCGAUGCGCGACCCGACUUUAUGAACGACGUUCUAGUCCAGACGAUGGCUGUGUCAAUGGCUUUUGCUGGCUCCGAAACGACCGCUAUCUCGCUAGCAAGCGUUUUCUACUACCUACUACGCAACCCCUCUGCGCUUAAAAACUUGCUGAAGGAACUUGAUAACGCUGCCCGAGCUGGUGAUUUCAGCGACUACGAGACGGGUCUUGUGACGUGGACUGAGAGCCAGAAGCUCCCAUACCUCGACGCCUGCAUAAAGGAAGCAUUCAGAAUGCACCCUGCGGCUGGUUUGCCAUUAGAGCGUAUCGUGCCUGAAUCGGGUGCCGAAAUUGCGGGUCACUUUGUAAAGGGUGGUACUAUUGUUGGUUGCUCAGCGUGGAUCAUUCAUCGCCGACCAGAAAUCUGGGGCGAGGACGUGGAUAUUUACCGACCAGAGCGAUGGCUCGUGGACGAAAAACUAAAGGGUGAAGAAAAGGAAGAACAAGAAAAACGUAUACGCGAAAUGAACGGUAUGAUGUUCCAAUUUGGCAUGGGAAGUCGCACGUGCAUUGGCAAGAAUAUCAGUCUAUUAGAGAUCUACAAGGUCGUUCCGAGUUUAUUACGGCAAUUCGAGAUCCGCUUCAAGGACCCGAACCAAGAGUGGAAACUAGUGAACGCGUGGUUCGUCAAGCAACAGAACUUCCAAGCUAUGUUCGAAGUGCGGGAUUUAGUAAAACCCGCGGGGACAGAAGAAAAGGGCGAGAAAAUCGCCUCGUCGUAGACGAAAUGAUAGCGAUAUCAGACAGACGGUGUUUGGAAGGAACCUUUUUAACGGCUGAAUCGAAUAAUGUGUUUUUGUAUAUAGUUAAGCGUAAUAGGAUGGACAGUAAUUACGGCAUAACGGUAUUUAAAUUCAGGAAAUCUUCGUCUAACAACUUGCUGGGAAAAUAGUCAUGAUCGCCCCUACAUCGAGAUUUGAU